GUGUGUGCAGUUUAUACAUGAAUUAUAAACCUACUGCCUAUCCACCCUAAAGAAUUACAUAACCCGUAAUGGUGAAUGGUUGUCAAUUUUGUACAAUCCUGUGCACACUACUGACAUCAACUUUGUAGGUCACGCCUACUAGAGACGAUUGAAUACAGUGCGAAGUAGCUACGUACCUAUCGGUAAAUUGAGAUGGAAAGAAUAAGGUAUAUAGGUAGCUAGAUAGGUGUGUGUAAACAUAUCCUUGUAGUGCGGUUUCUCGAGUAUUGUUUGGUUUCAAAAUGCAGUCCAGGCGAUGAGCUCUGCGGUAUUUUUCUGAAUUCAGACACCUGUAUUAGUGAACGAAACCAUUGACGUCAUAGGGUGUAGACGCAUGCGCUAUCGCCAUUUUCUACAUCGCAUUUAGAAAGGGGGUGAGACAACGCGGUUCGCUCUAUUACACUGUGGACGUUCGCUGCAAGACCAGAACUUUCAGCAUAGUGAACGCGGGAAAAGAUGGUGAUAGCUACUAAAAUGGCUUCAAAGCUGCUAUUAACUUUGUUACUUGCCUGUGCAGCUAACGUGCUCUCAGCGCCAUUCGCUCAGAAUACGGGUCGAGAGGGGGGCGACAAUAAGCCUGAUGUUCCGGUCGAGGAACUGGAAAAUCUAAAAAUGGAAGAAGCAAGUAAAGAGACGGUUCCUGGUAUGGAAACUGAGCACAUGGAAUACCACAGACUUGAUUCUGUAAAAUCAAAUGGCGACAUGGUAUCUCGGCUGGAACAGCACGCUUCAGCAGAUGCAAAUGGAGACGAGAAGCCCCGUGUUCACGCUAAGACGCAGAUCGACGUACCUGCAGAAGGUGUGCAUAAGGUGCUAGUGCAAGAAGACGGACACGUAAGCGUGCUAGAUGCCACCGUACCCACUACGCCAGCCCCUGAAGAGCAAACUACUAAAAUUUUCCAUGGCGCAGCGCGUUUAGUACAACCCGGUUUGGGAACGAGCAAUCCACAAAAUGGACAUACUGCUGUACGCAGAGCUUUCAAUGCAGAUAUCUCCAAAGAAAUGAAACAUAACAUGGAUCAUUACGCUGCAUACGCUGGUGUGCAGUAUUCUCCACUCGACAUGGCAGAGUACGUAUUUUGGACCGGAGACGAACGUGGAGUAACUACUGCUAUUGAAGAUUUCCUCCAAGAGGGAAUGAUGUCUAAAGAAGAGGCCAUUGCGUUCCUUCAAGAGAUCAAGUUUAAUAUUGAUUAUCUCCGCGCCCAUUAUUCACAAAAUUUGAAAACAGCCGAGGAAUACGCGCAACAGGAAAAACUGAGGAACUUCAUUAUGGAACAAAAUUCUAAGGAAUACCAGUACCGCCCGGUUAACUUGCAAUCGUUCCCAUUCGGAGGCAAUCCGGAUAUAAUUCGUUCGAUCACCGGCAAGAGUUGGGACAUGAGCAACAACCUUGCAGCCAUGCCGACGCUACCCGUCUCCAAUGACCUUCGACCUGAACCCGUCAAGCGCACUUAUGACCCUAUGCUCCAGACUAACAUUAUUAGUACCUCGGAUUACGACCGGGAUGGCCCGAUUAUCAGCGAAGAGGAGUAUGAAGAGAUGAUGGAGAAACUUCGUGCGGCUGACACUUUGUAUACGGAGUACACUUUAGAGGAGAUCAUUUAUCAGCUCGCUAAGAUGAUGUUUUCUCAAUCUCUGGCCCGUGAACCGACAUCGGCGCGCGCUGCCACUCAGCGAUUCAUGUCGUUCCUGGAACUAGAGGCCGAACGCGGACAGCUGUCAAGGACCAUACAGAAGAAAGUACUCGACGUGAUGAUGGCAGCUCUCACUGACACCAUAAGCGACCACCCGGAAUUGUUGCAGACAAGAGAUGGCAUCGCUCUCAAUCCAUCCAACAGAAUGAUGCGCCAGUACAUGGAUACAAGUGCACUAGAACCCAGCGUGUCACGAGCCAUUCUCGCCGCCUACAAGGACGAACUCCUGAAAGGUCCACCUCUGCACAAAUUCUCCUACGAAAGAAACUAAAUAUUUACCGGCGACACAUGAUAUUUACUCUCCUGCCAUUUCAUUUCGAUAUGCGCGUUAAUUUCCGCUGAUUCCUUAAAAUAAAUACAUAAAAUUAGGAAAUGCCAAAACGUAGUACAUAAGAUUGAUUUGAGGUUUGGAAGGAAUUUGUAAACUAUAGUUUUUCAGAAAUUGCUUUUACAACGCGAUACGGAAUAGCGAAAUACUGUUGACGGGUGCAUAAGUAUAUUUCAUAAGGAGUCACUCUGUAAAAAUAUUAAAUCAAACGAAGCAUAUUUU